AGUUUAGGCGAACUGGUAGCGGCGGUGGCACGUGGUUUGGCGAACCGGUAGCAGCAGCGGCUCGAAGCUCCGCCCACCCACUCAGACAUUGUUAUUACCUGUUUUUGACCCUCUGCGCACACACUUUUGAAGCGGUAGGGAAGGGAGGCUGAGCUCUGCGGGAGCCGACUGACGGAGGAACGAUGCCGGUGGUGUGGCCAACACUUCUGGACCUCAGCAGGGAUGAAUGCAAAAGGGUGCUCCGCAAAUUGGAACUGGAAGCCUACGCCGGAGUGAUCAGUGCCUUGAGGGCCCAGGGAGAUCUGACCAAGGAGAAGCGGGAUCUUCUGGGGGAACUUUCCAGAGUGCUGAGCAUUUCAACGGAAAGACACCGGGCGGAAGUUCGGAGGGCGGUCAACGAUGAACGCCUGACAACCAUCGCACAUAACAUGUCAGGGCCGAACAGCUCUUCAGAGUGGUCCAUCGAAGGCCGCCGGUUGGUUCCUCUGAUGCCCCGGUUGGUUCCACAAACAGCCUUCACCGUCACGGCCAACGCGGUGGCCAACGCAGCUCUCCAGCACAACGCGUCUCUCCCUUCCCCUGCAGAAACAGGAAGCAAAGAAGGUGAGGUAGUGGUUUGUUACUCCUACACAACUACUACCUCUACCCCGACGUCCACUCCCGUACCGAGCGGUAGCGUUGCAACGGUUAAGUCCCCCAGACCUGCCAGCCCAGCUUCCAACGUUGUCGUUCUCCCAAGCGGAAGUGCCGUUUACGUUAAAAGCGUGAGUUGUUCGGAUGAGGACGAGAAGCCCCGCAAGAGGCGGCGCACCAACUCUUCCAGCUCCUCCCCGGUGCUCCUGAAAGAGGUCCCCAAAGCCAUCCCGCCGGUCACCAAGACCAUCACGGUGCCCGUGGGGGGCAGCCCCAAGAUGAGCAGCAUCAUGCAGAGCAUCGCCAACUCCCUGCCACCCCACAUGUCCCCCGUGAAGAUCACCUUCACCAAGCCCUCCUCCACUCAAACCACCAACACCAACACCCAAAAGGUAAUCAUUGUGACCACCUCACCCAGCUCCACCUUCGUCCCCAACAUCCUCUCCAAAUCCCACAACUACGCAGCCGUCACCAAACUCGUCCCGACGUCGGUGAUCGCGUCCACCACCCAGAAGCAACCCGUGGUCAUUACGGCUUCCCAGUCCUCCCUGGUUAACAACAGCACCAGCCCCACCACAACUGGCCUCACCGCCGGGAGCUGCGCCACGCCUUCUUCCACGCCCAGCACCGUGGCGGUGACCACUGUGGUAUCCUCUACGCCGUCUGUGGUGAUGUCGACAGUGGCUCAGGGUCUGUGCACCUCAGCGAUCAAGGUGGCCGCAGCCCGGCUACCGUCUCCGAAAAGCCUGGUGGGAACGCCCAGCCAGAUCCUCGCACAAUUUCCCAAGCAGCAGCUGACUUCGGCUCCAGCGGCCGCCCCGGCUCUCUCCCAGCCACCCCCAGCUCCCCAGCAGUCUCCUCUGCCCCCCAACAUUAAACCCACCAUCCAGAUCAAGCAAGAAUCAGGUGUCAAAAUCAUCACCCAGCAGGUGCAGCCCAGCAAAAUCCUCCCCAAACCCGUCACGGCGACCCUGCCCAGCAGCAGCAAUUCUCCCAUUAUGGUGGUGAGCAGCAACGGGACCAUCAUGACGACCAAACUGGUCACGGCUCCUGCCGCCCACACUGAUGAAGGACCUGCCAUCUCUCCAUCCUUGCGACUUUGGCUAGGGACCCAAGCGACUUACACCCGUCCGACCGUGAGUCCUUCCAUCGGGGCACGGGUGACGGGCACGCCCGGGGCCGCCACCUACGUGAAAACCACUAGCGGUAGCAUCAUCACGGUGGUCCCCAAAUCGCUCGCCACGCUGGGAGGCAAGAUUAUCAGCAGCAACCUUGUUUCUGGUAAUUCCUUGAUGAAGACCUACUUUCAACAGAAAGGAACCACCACAAAGAUCACCACGAUCCCGGUGACGUCGAAGCCCAACGUCAUCGUCGUGCAGAAAACGGCGGGAAAAGGCACCACCAUUCAAGGACUUCCGGGCAAAAAUGUGGUGACGACGUUGCUGAAUGCAGGAGGAGAGAAAACGAUCCAAGCCGUUCCAGCCGGUGCUAAACCAGCCAUCAUCACUGCCACCCGGCCCAUUACGAAAAUGAUCGUCACGCAGCCGAAAGGAAUCGGCUCCGGCAUCCAGCCGGCGACCAAAAUCAUCCCCACCAAAAUUGUAUACGGACAGCAAGGGAAAACUCAGGUCCUCAUCAAACCCAAGCCGGUGACCUUCCAGGCCACGGUGGUCAGCGAGCAGGCAAGGCAGCUGGUGACAGAGACCCUCCAGCAGGCCUCUCGCGUGGUGGAAACCAGCAACGCUUUCCUGCCAGAGGUGAAGGAAGAGCCCCUGGUCUACACCGACAGCAGUUCCUCUUCGGUUGAGUCCAUCCAAAGUUCCCAAGAUUCCCAGCCCGUGGUCCACGUCAUUGCUUCCCGGAGCCAGGAUUGGUCGGAACAUGAAAUCUCUGUGGAUUCCAGUCCCACCAUCAUCUAUCAAGACGUCUCUGGCGAAGCUCAGUCGGCGACGUCGACCAUUAAAGCCUUGUUGGAGCUCCAGCAGACGACAGUCAAAGAGAAGUUGGAAACCAAGCCUCGCCAGGCUACCAUCGACCUCAGCCAAAUGGCCGUCCCGAUCCAGAUGACCCAGGAGAAGCAGCAUUCUCCCGAAAGUCCGUCAAUUGCCGUGGUUGAAUCCGAGCUGGUGGCAGAAUACAUCACCACUGACUCUGGAAGGCUUCACUGUGUUCCUUCGCAUUCAGAGGAGUAUCUUCAGAACCACAUUGUGAGCCACCGGUCCCAGUCCCACCAGCCAUCCUCCGAGCCCCACCGGACGUUGCUUCAACACGUGGCCCAAUCCCAGACGGCGACGCAAACCUCGGUCGUGGUGAAAUCCAUCCCCACCUCUUCUGCCGGCGCCAUCACGCACAUUAUGCAGCAGGCCUUGAGCAGUCACACGGCUUUCACCAAGCACAGCGAGCAGCUGGGCACCGAGGAAGGGGAAGUAGAAGACACCCUGGACCCGCAGACCGGGCUCUUCUACCGGUCGGCCCUGACCCAGGUGCAAAAACAGCAGAAGCUGAGCCAAGCCCAACUGGAACAAACCCAACUUCAAGUCAAGACCUUGCAGUGCUUCCAAGCCAAGCAGAAGCAGACCAUCCACCUCCAGACGGAGCAGCUGGCCGCCAAGCUGCCCCAGCUGCCCCAACUCUCCAUCCGGCACCAGAAACUCGCUCCCCUCCAGCAAGAUCUGGGCGUCGCCAAGCUGGACUUGCAGCAGGCUGGCGCCCCUUCCAUCACCCGCGAGAGGCAGCUGCCCACUUUGGUCGCCCAACCCCAACAGACUGUGGUUCAGGUGCUGGCGGUCAAAACCACCCAGCAGCUGCCUAAACUUCAGCAGGCUCCCACAGCGCAGAAGAUCUACGUCCAGCCCCACAGCCAGCUGCAGCUCCCUGCUGCGCCCGAGAAGCAGCCCACAAGCCAGGUGCACCAGCCCAUCAUCACCCAAGGAUCUUCUGUUACAAAGAUCACCUUCGAAGGACAUCAGCCCCCCACGGUCUCCAAGGUGACCCCUCCCCUCCCGACGCUGUUUCCCGGCCAGCUGGCCACCAAGACGGCCGUGGCGGACAUUUUGAAGAUGUCCAUGAUGGAGGCCCAGAUCGAGCCGAGCGCCGGAGGCGAUGCUGCACGCAAGACCUGCCCCCCGGCCCGCCCUCCGGGCGAGGCAGACCCGACCCCCACCUCCCUGUUGAAGGCAGCCCCGGGAGGGGCACCCGCAUUGGGAACGGCUUCCGUCUUGCAGCAGGUGAAAACCUUGGACUCGAACUCAAGCCCUCCUGGCACGGGGCUGCCUCUCCAGGAGAGGAAGCUGAACCCCCCGGCUCCCCCCACCGCCAGCCAAUUCAUCCGGAUCCAGAACGUCAUGGCCCCCAAAGCCGAGGAACUGGCGGCUGAAAUCCUGAUCCAGACAAUCCCGCAGUAUUCGGUGGCCUGCCAUUCCACCUCCAACGUGGUAGUCGAGCCCAGCGGCCUUCUGGAGAUGAACAACUUCACCAGUCAACGUCUCGACGAGGAAGACACCGUCAUGGAACAGGACAUGGACAGCAGCAACGAAGACGGGACGGAGCCCAGCCCGAUGCAGAGUUCGGAACAGACCUAGCGCGUUUCGGAGGCUGCGACGCACUUUAAGGCAACCGCCGAAGGCCUGCCUGGCUGUUGGUAUCCCGGAAAGCUCUUAUGUCGGUUGUCAGAAGCACUUUGUCUAUCCGAGGUCUUCGAACAGGCCGACAUCCAGCCUUGUUCCCGGCGACAGUAUUGGCGAGACCGGGAUCGCAAAACGGUUUGGGCAAGCGAGGCCUCACAUCCGGUCUGAGGCAACCUGGCGACAGUAGAAUGUAUUUUCAUUGAAGGCAAGAAAGCAAAAAGGACAUGCAGUGAUUUUUUAAUUAUUAUUAUUAUUAUUAUAUUAUUAUUAUUAUUUCCCAUUAUGGUAUAUUGAAGUUUCGUUUGCUACGACGUUCUGGAUUUUCUAUUGAAAUAUUGUGGUGUUUUUUUAAAAAAAGAAACAAUGGCCACCGAGCGAACCUUCUUUAUUCUCUCCCGAAGCCACAAAACGGAGUUUGCCGGUGAACGCAUUUUCCUCACAACGAGCGAUUUUGUUUUAAAGGCCUCGCUUGUUUCUCUUAAAACCAAUCACAGGGAGCGUUCAGACAUGCUGUUUUACGCAGGGAGGGAGAAGCAGAGAAAAAUGCUGCUUCUCAUUUUUUGGUUUCGAAGUCAAUCUCAAAAUAUUAGCCUUUAAAAUAAAACGGAAAUCAAUUUUGAAAUAUUAGCCUUCAAAACAAAACGGAAGUCGAUUUCAAAAUAUCAUCCUUUAAAACAAAACGGAAGUCGAUUUCAAAAUAUCAUCUUUUAAAACAAGACGGAAGUCGAUUUCAAAAUAUUUAGCCUUUAAAACAAAACACACGGUCCCAAAAAUCUCAAAUUUUGGAUGCCACACUCGAUGCUUGUCUUCCCUUAAUUUUCACAGGUUAUUAUUUUUUUCCCCUCUUUUUAUGAACCACAGAGGAAACUUUUCACAAAGCCCCGUAUUAAACCUGCUUUUAUUUAUCGAGAAUAUUUCAAUUUCCCACUCCUGGUCUGUAUAACAGAGCCAGGACCAGUUCGGUAUCUUUUUAUUUUUAAGCUGUGAAACGAGAAUUGGUCUAACGUUGGAGGACAUCGGACGUCUGAGAUGAGAAUUCGGGUGCGAGCGUAAAGAUUCGGACUCGUCUUUACUUCUUUAAAGGCAUUUUUUUAAAAAAAAAGAAAAGAAAGAAAAACAACCACACAAUUUUUCAUACAAUUGACGCGGGAGACUUUAAAAAUGUACAUUUUGGCCUUUUUAAUAAUUUUGUUUGGACUGUAUUUAAAUCCUUCGAAUGAAUAGUUUUAGUUUGCACAGGAAAUAACAUUGGGAGUUUUACCGCGACUCAAAAGCCCAGGUUAAAAAGAAAACAAGGAAAAACAAAAACGAAAACAAAUCUUAAUAAUGAAGACACCGCUUUUAUACAGAGGUGUGUGUGUGUGUGUGUGUGUGUGUGUGUGUUUAUGUGAGAGGGAGAGCAAGAGAAUGUGUAGCCACACAAAAACUGUACAUAGGAAGUUUUUAUCGCUUUUGUAUAGAUUUCAUUAUAAAUAAGCAUUUUACGA